AGACGUGGAUGGUAUUAUCCAAAAAGCAAGAAGCAAAAAAAAGUGACAAAAGCGUAGGAGGGUAUUUUGGUAAUUGUGUAAGAUCUAGUGCUCCAUUGCCUGAGCCUACACUGGAAAAGGAGGAAAAAGGAGCUCAAUUAUUGGGUGGCUCAAUUCGCCGUCCACACCGGGUUUUUUAUACGCUGUGGGCGCCUCUCAUCGUCUUCCUCUUGUAAUGCGCUUCAGUCUCCACCAAUGGUAGAGAGACACGGCCGCAAAAAGGGGCCGGACAUGAUCACGUGAUUACUCACACAUGAUGUUCUUUUUUUUUUUUCACAUUUACUUGGCUUUGCGGCUUUACCCUACGACGAAAGCGACCCGACGGAGCUCUCAACUGAAAAUCAACUAAUUUACCUUCCUAAGUAAUCUAGUUGGAUAGUCACUGAAGAAGAAGAAGACAAUUUUACUCAGCAAAGGAUGGCAGUUUUAACGAUGGAAACGUUGCCUUUAGGGUUUAGGUUCAGGCCGACUGAUGAGGAGCUCAUCAAUCAUUACCUUAGAUUGAAGAUCAACGGUCGUCAUUCCGAGGUUGGUGUCAUUCCUGAAAUCGAUGUCUGCAAAUGGGAGCCAUGGGAUUUGCCUGGACUGUCGGUGAUAAAAUCGGACGAUCCAGAGUGGUUCUUCUUUUGCCCGCUUGAUAGGAAGUACCCGAACAGCCAUCGUUCCAACAGAGCUACGGAUAAAGGAUAUUGGAAAGCAACGGGUAAGGAUCGAACCAUUAAGUCUAAAAAGUCACUGAUUGGCAUGAAGAAGACUUUGGUUUUUUACAAGGGCCGUGCUCCCAAGGGCCAGCGUACUUACUGGAUCAUGCAUGAGUACCGUCCCACUACAGAGGACCUUGAUGGCACCGCCCCUGGCCAGAGUGCUUUUGUUCUAUGUCGAUUGUUUCAUAAACCGGAAGAGAAGAAUGAUAUUGUGAAGUACGAUGAGGUUGAACAAACCGUAUGUUCGGCUGCCAUGACAAAAUCUGCUCCUGAUGAUGAUACAUCAUCGGAUCUUCUCCAAGAUACCAUAUCAUCUGAGACACAAGCUCAGAAUCCCGAUACUUCCAUGCGAAAUGGUCAAAUAACGGGUGACAGCUGCUGCAAUAGUCAUAUGACUUCUGAUGCAGAAGAUCACGCAGCUGAAGAAACCUUGAAAUAUCCGCUCUUGGGAAGCAAUUCAGACUUGUAUGAACCAAAUUGUGAUGAAAUUGAUUAUAAAGUCUUCUCACCAAUGAACUCACAUUUUUUUGAAGAUCUGCCGCCCUAUAUGGAUUCCCCUUAUGCAAGCGACUUUGGCCAUGAUCAAAAUGGAUUCCAUUUCCAGGAUGGGACUAGCAAACAAGAUAUAUCUUUCCCAUUGUUGGAUGAGGCCUUGAAUAACCGUGCUAACUUCUCUGAAGAGUCUAACAGUUGGAAAAACUUGGUUGCUGGAACCGAAAUGCCCUUGUCUGGUAAUGCAUUCAUUUCGAAGGCAAUGCCACCAGAAACCUCCUAUGUCAAAGAAAAUGGCAUAUACACUGAAAUGUUGCCAGUUCAGUAUGAGUCGGACGUUGGAGGUCCUGGGUGGCCUGGUGGGUUUGUUGAUGACAAGAACUCCGUGCAAAUGCUAACUUCCUUAGAGUCCAGCCUUACCCAAACUGGGCCAUAUGAUCCAGUAUUCAUAGGUGGACAUAUUGGUGGUCCUGAAAACUAUUGCGUUGGCCAAGCAACUUCAUCUACUAAUUCUGCAAUUGGUGAUUUUAAUAAUUUGCAACAAUUAACCAGUCUGAGGAAUCAUGUGAAUAACGGUGGUGUAACUGGAAUGAGGACUACAGCCUACCAGCCUCUGCAACAACCGUUAGAAGACUAUGAAACUCUUGGAACUGGAUUCAACUUUAGGACCCGUGGGCCUCAGGAAAAACCAAGUUUAGACAACAUUUUAAAUCAGGGCAAUGCUCCAAGAAGACUACGCUUGCUAAUGAAAAUUUCUAACGGACCAAUGAAAGUGUCUGCAGGCUGUUUUGAUGAUGGCAAAUUGACAAGUGCUGGUCUCGGUGAAGAAGAAGAAGUUCAAUCUACUCUAACUGAGGUCACAGAAGCAGAAGCUACCGGACAGACUUCUAGCUCUGAUGAGUCCAAGAAAGAGAAUCAGUUGUUCAAGUUCACUAGCAGCGAGGAUAUUGGUAAAGAACCUUGUACAAAACUGAGGCAGAGGGUUAAGGAAGAUAGCAAGCCAUGCAGCAGCCAAAUGUGUUCCAAGGCAGAGCCCAUGCAUAAACGCUCAAGCUCCCUAUCAGUUCUUCUGUUGGUCUUUUUCAUCAUUACCAUCUUAUUCAUUCUGGUCACGGGAAUAUGGAGAUGACACAUAUAUCUUGACUUGAUGUUGAACAUGAUGUAGGUAGGUUGAUUUACUGUUCUGUAUCUUGGUAGGCAAUGCGAUUAGGAACUGUAAAUUAUGUCUCAUGUGUAUGCAUAUGGGUAGAAGAAUAGGGGAGAGUAGUGUGUAAAAUAAGUUGCUCAAUGACCUUUCUUUUUUUGUGUUGGCUUUUGAGGGUUGUCUUCAUAAGUUUGUAGGUGUUAGUGUUCAUCCUUUGAUACCUUCCGCCUGUCUAAAAUUCUCUUGUAGUCAACUGGUAGAACAAUUUGAUGAUA